AUGGCCCUCCAGCUUUACGUCUGGGGCCCUGCCUUCGGGCUGCCGUCCAUCGAUGCAGAGUGUAUCGCCGCCAUCGCUUAUCUCGCUCAGACCACAAGUAAAGCCGAUUACCAACUCAUACAAUCCAGCCCCUCAGCUGUACCAACCCGUAUGUUUGGCCCUGCCAUUCCCUCUUUUCUAGAAGCUAUAACUAACUCACACAAACAAACAGACCACCUCCCCGCCCUCCACGACCCAUCCACCCGAACUUGGAUAUCAGGCUACACCUCCAUCCUCCGCCACCUCCAAACCCACCCCCCACCCUCCUUCCACGAUGCCACCUUCCCACCCCCAACACCCACCAUCCAAGCCGACAGCAAAGCCUACACUACAUUCCUAUCCGCCAACGCAACCCCCCUCAUAGCCCUCUACCUCUACGUCUCCUCCGCCAACUGGGCAGCGAGCACCCGCCCAGCCUACAGCAAGAUCCUGCCUAUGCCGCUGCCAUGGACAGAACCAGCCCAGCUCCGACAGACAAUGUCUGCCCGGGCGGAACACCUAGGCAUGUCAUCGCUUGACACGGACGUCGAGACGGAAAAGGAAGAACAAGAAGCUGCUGCUGCGAGGAGGGCGGGGUGGAUAUCCAUCCCGGCUAGUUUGACGAGGGGGCCGAGUACGGUUGGGGAGGUUAUGACGCCGGAGGAGAAGAGGAGAAUUAAGUUGGAGGGGUUGGCCAAGGAUGUGCUGGAUGUUAUUGGGGAGGUUGAGUGGGCCAAGUUGACGAUGGGGGCGAGGUGUGCUGUGUUGGGGUGGGUUAGUUUGAUGAUUGUUGAUGAGGGGGUGCCGAGGAGGUGGUUGGCGGAGGUGACAAGGCAAAAGUAUACGGGGCUGGUUGAGUUUGUGGAAGACUGUGGGAGGGAGACUUUUGGUCCUGGGCCAAGAGGAUGGGAGAGUUUGCCUUGGGUCGACGAGGGGACGGAGGCACAUGGUUUAGGGCUCAAGCUUUACCAGAGACUUGGGCAUGGAGUUAUGUAUGAAGUGCCAUGGAUCGGAGAGGUGUGGAGAAGGUGGUGGGCUGAAAAGAGGAGGAAACAAGUGCUGGAAUACAAAGGCGUCAAACAGGGGCCUAGUCGGGACAGACUUGUCUUCGCAGGACUUGGGAUAACAGCUCUCACAAUGGGCGCUGUCUGGUAUUGGCAGACCUUGCCCCGAUUCGGAGCCUUGGUACAACGAUGGGAUCAGCCUGCUCUCGCAGUAGGUGGCUUGGGUGCCGCUGGGGCGUUUCUCUCAAGCAUGUUUGAUGAACUAUGA